AAAAAUUAAAUGUUAAUGUUGUUCUCUCAAAUCAUUCCUUAGAAAGAUUUUCACUUUCCAAUUGCUUCACUGUCUUGUUGAUUCUGCUUCUCAAAAAAUUUCUUCUUGAGUUCUGGGUUUAUCUCUCUUCUGAAAAACCCCCAAAUUUUGAUUUCUUUCGCCAUUCAAAAAUUUCAGAAGAAGGCGAUCCAAAAUCGUCUUUGAAUUCUCUUUGUUUAUGAUCUGUUCAAGUAAAGGAACGGUCGUAUUUGCUACUGGAAACUCAUUUCCCAGAUUACCCAUCAAAAAAUCUUCUUCCGGGUUUUAUGUAAACCGGAUUCAAAUUCGAAAUGAUCUUCCGAUUAGUAUCGUUGCUACUCGACGAUCAUCAAUGUCGGUGGAGGCGUUGCCAACGAGAUUAAAAUCUUCACUGAAGAAGACGAGGAAGAGGAACAUCGGCUGCGGUGUUUCCCCUUCUUCGCCGACAACAACGGUGGUUGAUGAUGAAGUGGCGGUUAGACGGAAUUUGGCAAUGAGGCGGGUUUUGGAGGAUAACGGUGGCGAUGGAAGCUCCGUCAGAGAUUUCUCGCUAUUCACGACCAAGAGGGGUGACACGUUGUUCACUCAGUCAUGGACACCUGUUGACUCCGCUAAGAACAGGGGACUUGUUGUUCUGCUACAUGGUCUGAACGAACACAGUGGCAGGUAUAGUGAUUUUGCAAAGCAGCUAAAUGUUAAUGGAUUCAAGGUCUAUGGAAUAGAUUGGAUCGGUCAUGGUGGAAGCGAUGGACUUCAUGCUUACGUUGCUUCUCUUGAUUAUGCUGUCGCUGAUUUGAAAACGUUUCUUGAGAAGGUAAUUGCGGAAAACCCGGGAUUGCCCUGUUUCUGCAUUGGCCACUCAACUGGAGGAGCCAUAAUCUUAAAGGCCAUGCUAGAUGCAAAGAUUGAAGCUCGAGUUUCAGGGAUUGUGCUAACUUCACCCGCAGUUGGAGUCCAACCAACUUAUCCUAUCUUCGGCGUAAUUGCACCAGUUCUCUCGUUCCUCAUACCGAGAUAUCAGUUAAGUGCUGCAAAAAAGAAAAUAAUGCCGGUUUCUCGUGACCCGGAAGCUCUAUUGGCUAAAUACUCUGACCCGCUAGUCUACACUGGAUUUAUCCGAGCAAGAACCGGUCACGAGAUCCUUAGACUUGGUGCUCAUUUACUGCAGAAUCUGAGCAGAAUCAAGGUUCCGUUUCUUGUGAUGCACGGCACAGCUGAUACAGUUACUGAUCCUAAAGGUACCCAAAAGCUAUACAACGAGGCUUCCUCGUCCGAUAAGUCGAUCAAGCUUUACGAUGGGUUGUUACACGAUCUGCUCUUUGAACCAGAACGGGAAACUAUCGCUGGAGUCAUAUUGGAUUGGCUAAACCGGCGGGUUUAAAACCAAAUGUAGCAUUACUCCUUAGGUAAUAAUGUAAUAUAGAGGGAAAUGCGAGGGAAAAAAAGACAUAAUGAAGAGUUCCUCUGUUUCUGAGGAUUUGUUCUCGACACUUAUUUGAGACAUCACGCACAUUUUUAUUGCAAUGAAUAUACGAUGUUGUAACUA